UCAAUAGUUUUGUGUAAUGUAGUUAAACUGACUGAAAAAAUUAUGAUUUCAGAAUGUAUAUAAAGUAUUUUGGUUAUUGUAAACUAUUAUAAACUGCUUGAUCUGGUGUGAAUGGUGUUAUCUAUUUUUUUCCAUACCAAAACACUGAAGACAGUAUACGACUACUCGGACACUGUUAACUAUGGCGAUGGAAGGGGAGGAACAUCUGUCAAACGAUCUACAAAAACCCGAUGACACAGAUUUAGUGAAGCAGUUAGACUUACAACUUGAAGAGCUUGAUGAUGAUGAAUUCCAGCUGCCUCCUGUUGGUGAGUUGCCAACGCUUGAGAGUAUAUUAAGUGAGAACGACCCAGGGAGUGUGUCCGAUGAUGACCUCGCAAUUCCUCCCCCCCCUCAGCCUAAGACCUCAUUUUCCACUGAAGGGGGAGACACGCUGUCUGUACAUUCCCGGGGCAGUUCAGAUUCAAGGAGUCGUACAUCAUCAACAGAGAGGCACAGCUCUGGGGGUAGAUCUCGGAGGGACACACUGAGUAAAACCCAUGGCUCAGUUUUACGCCAUGUUGUACUCAAGGGUGUGGCAGCUCAACUGGUAUCUGCACACGAUCGAGUUGGUGCGGGCUUGCCUACCACAAUGGCAGUGGGCAACAUCAUCUGUGUUGGCACCAGUCAUGGGCUUGUUCUAGUCUUUGAGCCAACACAAGCUCUAAAGUUUUGUUUAGGAUCCACACAGUUAGGUGAACAGUAUGGCUCUGUAUCGGCUUUGGCUCUGAAUCAAGAUUGUACGCGGCUCCUUGCUGGCUUUGCAAAGGGUCAGAUCUGCCUCUUUGACCUAACAUCUAGUAAGCUUCUGCAAACAAUAUCUGAUGCUCACACUCCAUUUACAGCAGUCUUGCACUUUAAGUGGACAGACUAUCCAGGAAUGGCUGUGAUCAGUGACAGUGGAGGAUCAGUCUUUGAAUUGUCCAUCAAGCGCACCAUGGGACUUAACUCUAAUGAGUCUCGCUGCAUCUUUUCUGGCAGUCGGGGAGAAGUUUGUACCAUAGAACCAUUACUGAUGUCACAAUUUCGUGCUACUUCUCUCGUUGAGAAUGUCAUCUUGGCAAUGGCUACUAUAUCUAAGGUCAUUGUUGUUUCACUACGGCCACAGCUCAAAGUCUUGUUCUCACAUCCACUGAAAGCUUCCUCCUCAACACUUCCUCUCUUGGCUUGGCAGUUUGUAGUGAUACAGAUGCCAGACGGGACGAGAGUUAUUGAUCCUGUAUUAGCAUUUGGACGAGAAAAAAAUGUCUACUUCUAUCAGCUUACCCAUGGUAGUCAAGAGGAGCUUCAGUUUAUACCACUACAGAAAAUGAGUUUGUCAUUUGUAGUUCAGGGAAUGGCGUGGCUUAACUCCCGUACCCUAGCUGUCAUGGACACUCGAGAACACUUACAUGUAAUUGAUGUAAAGACACAGGAAGAGCAGGAGAUGGUGGAUUUGGCUCAUCUGGGGUUGGUUUAUGCUUCACCACAUUUUAAAGCUAUUGCCACAGGUGGCAAUGUCAGCAAAGCUAUGGCAUUAGCAGGAGAGAGGGCUUGUUAUCACUCAAUGGUCAGCUUUGGGUCACAAGUGCUCCUCCUUGGUACCAAAUCAUUCCAGGUUGUGACAGUGCGAUCAUGGGUAGAUCGUCUGGAUUACCUAGUGAGGGGAAGACACACUCGGGAGGCCCUCCAGCUUGCCCUUGAUAUUUAUCAGGACAAGGCCCAAGCUAUUGUAGGACUCAAGCACAAGAAAGAAAAGAGACAACAGCUGGUGCAAGAAAAGAUAUGUGAAUUAUUGAGCCAGUACCUAGACUCUGCCCUGGAUGACCUGCCUGACCGUAGUAACUUGACAUUACUCACACAGUCCUACACUCAGCUGGUCCCACUGUGUGUUCAGGUGGCUGUAGGAGCAAAUUUGAAGGAGGUUCUCUUUGGACGAAUUUGGGAAACCUUUAGUGAGGAUGCAAUAUCCAAAGGUAUUUUUUUGGAAGCAUUGGAGCCUUACAUACUGAGUGAUCAGUUAGCUGACAUGUCACCAAGCAUAUCUCAGUGUCUACUUGCCCACCAAGAAAUGUGUGGCAGGCUUCAGGCAGCAGAAGCCUGCAUCGUCCACCUUAAUGUAACCUCCGUUGAUCUUCAUCAGGCCAUGACGCUGUGCUGGACUCAUGGGUUAUAUGAUGCAAUAUUUUAUAUAUAUACCCAUGGCAUGAGAGAUUUUGUUACUCCUCUUGAGGAACUUGUGACAGUACUAUGGAAUGCUAUGGAUAGUGGAAAUGCAUUAACAGAUGGUCAGGUGAUGUUAGGAAACAAAAUACUUGUAUAUGUGUCAUGCUGCUUGGCAGGACGAGCUUACCCACAUGGUAAUAUUGACCCCCAGGAAUUACAACAAGUGAAGCAUGAGAUUUUUAAGUGUAUUACAUCAUUACAUUCAAAAAAUGCUAAGGCCACUGAAAGUUCAUAUCCAUUUCUGAGAACUUUAUUACGAUUUGACACUAGGGAAUUCCUGAAUGUGCUGGCUUUAGCAUAUGAGGAGGCAGAAUUUACCUCAGAACUUGGGAUGCAACAGAGACAACGAGUUGUGGACAUUUUACUUCAGGUGAUGGUGGAAGGACAGGAAUUUGGACCAGCACAAUUAGGAUCUCUGUUUACUUUCAUAGCCCGCCAGAUGUCACGACAACAUGGAGCCAUUGCCAUCAAUAGACAACUUUUUGACCAGGUACUGUGCCAUCUGACAGCUCCUGAUGCUGAGAGCCACCAUGAAGAGCGACAGACUGCUUUACUGGAGCUACUACAAGAGGGAGGCCUUGUACACUAUGAAGCUGUUCAUCUGCUUGAAAAAGCACGUCAGGCACAAUUCUAUCGUGUAUGUGAAUAUGUUUAUGAGGAAAGAGGAGAGCAUGAGAAGAUCGUAGAGUGCUACCUUGAGGACAAGCUACGGAGACAUCAGGUUUUCACCUACAUUCGUUCAGUACUGUCCUCACCACAGUUUACUGAUCUUCAUGCCCACAAGAUUAAGCAACAAUUUCUCAAACACAUCAAAACACUCCUUGAGAUUGACAGUAGUCGUGUAGCCAGCUUACUGUUGACCAUGUCUCAGCUGACUCCUCUCCUGAGUGAUAUAACACAACAGCUGAGAGAGGAUCCACAGCUUUUGUAUAAUGCUCUUCAUGCACUUUUUACCUAUAAAUCAACCCAUGCAUCUCCAGGAGGACGUGGUGGAGACCUCAGUGACAGCCCAUUAACCCCCGAGCUUCAUGAAGAGUAUAUUGACCUCAUGUGCAGAGUAAACCCCACCCUAGUGUAUCCUUAUCUUAAGGGUGCUGAAGGUUAUCGGUUGGAACAAACUUUAGAGAUCUGCAAGAGUCACAAUCAACAAGAGUCAACAGCUUUUCUCCUAGAGAGAGCAGGCGAUAUUAAAGGUGCUUUCGACAUCCUUCUAGUCAUCCUGAAGUCCAAAGUUGGCGAUCUUUUGUCUAGUGUAGAUGAUGAUGCUGUGAAUUCAACUUUGUCAUUAGGUCAUGUUCAAGCUCAGGUUGUGAAGCUAGUACGAGUAUGUCAGCUCGGCUCAAGUCAGCUAGAGGAAUCAGGACGUCGAGAGUUGUGGUUCCCCCUGCUUGAUGUUUUACUCUCUACUCAACCUCCACUUACUAACCACCAGCACCUAGCUCAUGAGAUGCGUGAGAUGGUUGGUCAUGUAGUUAACAGCAUGAUGACACAUAUAUCACUGCCAGCCAUCUUAGAACGUGUAAUGCAUGACCCAGGGUACUGUGGUGGAAACUUUGCUCAGAUCAAACAUCUUCUUAAAGGUAUGGUUGAGAGGUAUGUUUAUGAAGAAACACUUUAUGCAACAGUGGUGCGUAUCAUAGCAGGGGACCAGCUGAAAUACCUCACGCUUCAACAUGGCCAGGCUUGUUCUCCUCUUGUAGUCUAUACAACCACUUGUGCAAUCUGUCACAGUGUGUACCAUCCAUCCAGUAAAGCUGUAGCACAUAGCUGUGGUCACAGUUACCAUGCACAUUGUGGAGGAGAAUCUUCUUCUUGUGUCUUGUGUACAGGAAGCAGUCAGGAAGAACAGCCAACAGAAGAGACAGAAACUAAUAACACUAAAACUCAACCUAUGGUGGGACUGGAUGAAACACAGCUUGAAGGCAUCCGUCGUGUGAGAGUUUUAGGUUCUGGAGGAUCAAGAUUACAAUUUCUAGAAGAAAUAUCUACACCUCGGGGAGGACCUGGUGCAGAAGCCUCAGCAGCAAGCACACCUUGGAGGAACUCAGGUUCACUAUCUGGUAGUCCAGAAAUUUGGCUGUCACAAAACUUUGCCCUGAAGUUGGCCCCACCAACCAUUGAUUUUAAUGGAGAUGAUAAAUGGUGAUUACACGUGAAGUAUCUAGACACCAGCAAUUCUGAGUUUCAAGAAAAUAGUGGGUAAGUGUUAAACCUGCCAAACUAUUUUCCACUUAAUAGGGAGUAUAUUAGAAGAGAAAUUUGCAGAGAAUUAAACCAAAGUGUGUUGAAUAGACGCUACCUAUACAGUAUUCAGAAAUGAGAGAAUCUUAUAUUUCUUCAUGAAGUUACAUUAUAUUUUGAAAUUCACAAAUUGAACUGCAUUAAUUUAUUUUUUUUCUGUUAAACCUUUAAAGACUGAAUGAAUGAUGGGAAUGAUGAAAUCUUUGGACAUUAAGUGUACGGUACAAUGAUUUAAUAAUAACUAGGAAAAGAAAUCCGAGUAUGCAAUACCUGUGUAAUAAGUAUAGUACAAUAUACUGUACUGUAAAGGUAGAUUUUGGAACAUGUUUUCAGAACCUUUAUGAAAUUAAUUGAGUUUCUAAUUUGAGAACUUUUGGAAAUCUUGGGAUAAGGAGAUCGAUUUUAAACAAUCCAAUAAAAAUAUUAGUACUAUACAGUACAGUACUGUAAUCUAAGUUGCAUCAGUAAACUGACUGCACACACAAUACAAUACUCAACCCAAAAACUUUAGGUAUCUCGGGGUUCAGUUAACAGCAUAUAUAUUCCAUGGGAAAAUAUGAUGGAGGUCCACUGGCAGAGUCAUGGAAGAAGCGAAGUUUAAAUUUGGUUGGCAUAUUUGAGAAACUUUGCUAUGAUGACAUUUCAUAGAUGCAUGUAUUAUAAUAUCUUUAGUUUUAUUGUAUUUGCCGUUCUACUUAUUUUUCACUUUGUGAACUACAGUACUAGGGAUAACAUUAACAGGAAAUCCCAAGUCAUUUCUUGUUUGAUUAAAUUUUAAAUUUUUUGAUGCAGUAAACUAUGUCAGUGUGAUCACCAAACCAUUUGCGGUAAUAAUUUUCCCACCUGUACUUUGACUCUUAUUAUCAGCAGAUAGACUCGUACCUUUUGAUCAGCUGGCAUGUAGGGAGGCAACCAUGACCCACAAAUUAUUUCUAGGCUUGCCAGUGUCUUCUCAGUCACAGCCAAGUGCAGACGUGCAUUCAAGUCAGAUUAUCUGAGUACUGUACCACUAAUCCCUUACCCAGCAACAGAUAAUUUGACUUGACUAUGAAAAUGUCAGAUCAUAAACUUUUUCUGUAAAGGCUCCUCUGUCAGUUAUUAAAUUUAAUAACCUAAAAGGUGUGCACAGCACUCAAAUUAUAGUCAGAUAAUGUUAUUUAUUAUAAAAAAAGUCUUUAAAUUAUGUGACAACUUUAGAAGGGUAUUUUUUCUUCAUCUUUUCCUUUACACUGAGGGUACAGUCACCCACAAAAGUCCUGUUGUCUUUUCUGCCGCUCCACGAACCCCGAGAUUCAGAUUCGUGAAUCCGAAGCAUUUAUGGACAGAACAGUGCUUCAGUGUCUCUUGCUUUGAGUUCAUGAGUCUGAAUCUCGGGGUUCAUGGAGCGGCAGAAGAGCUGACAGGACUGUACAACUAUCUACUUGGGAUUCGCAUCGAAUGGGUUAUGAGUUAUAUUUUAAAAACAAUGUACAGUAGUACUGUAUCUUCUA